CAAGGAGCAGCUUCACGCUCAGGCCCAGGGAGGCGGAGGGAAGAUGGGAAGCAGUUCAUCUAAGAACUGCUGUUCAUCUGAGAAGAGAUGGAGGAUGAAGCCAACAAUAUCAUUUAUCCUGAAAGCUAUGUUCAGUAAUUUUUGGGGGUUCUUUGAAGUUGUGUCUAAAGAAAACUUACGGGUGGGAGAUAUCAUCUUAAUUCCUAUGGACACCUCCCUACAAUCUAGCAGCUGGAAGCACGCCGGUGUUUACUAUGGAAACAAGAAAGUUAUACACUUUGACGGAGACGGAAUCUACAUACAGGGAAUCGAUGCUAUGGAAAGAACCAGGGGGAAAUAUCAGAUUGUGAGACUUAAACAAGGAAUCAAUGAAGAAGCUUUCCUGAAGAAGGCAGAUGCCAUGCUGAAUGCUAAGACAAAGUACAACUGUUUCACAAACAACUGCAUCCAUUUUGCACUUUCCCUUUUGGAUAUGGAAGAGUUUUACCAUGAAAUAGUUAGUGAAGUACAAGUUGGCAAUGGAAAUGAUGCGGGAGAAGAGGUGCCCCUGAACAUGGCAGGACAAGUGGAUCAGAAUGAGUGCAACAGAGCCAGACAAUUUCAGCAUAACGUGCCACAGAGAGAGAUUCCCUUACGUAAUUUUCCAUAAGGACAUAAAAAAUAAUGCUUGUUAGGAUAUAGAUAUUCAAGCCUGUCUGUAAAGGCCUCUACUUUAAGAAUUUAGGUAUAUGUUUAUCAUUUAGCUAGUUUUAGAGCUAUAAAACAAAGAAUCAAAAUCACCGUCUGCUUGUGUAUGGGCCUUCUCUCACUGUGAUAGUCUGAGGCCUGGUUCUUAGGCUAAGGCCUUUGGCUAAGCAGCAGAAGCAGCCAUAAACUGGGAAGCAUAGGGUCACAUCCUCACAUUCCAAACUAGUCACAUUGAAAUAAAGUGCUAUUGGGCUGUUAGGAAUACAAUCCUGGCUUGAUAAUGCCUAUCAUCACCAGAUAAAGAUGGUUAAAGAAAACUUAGUUUGAUAGCAUUCUGUCUGGCAAGAAAUCACUAAUCAAUAGUUGUGGUUGUGAAACCUUCAUUUCUGUAUGUUUUAUCUUUAUGGC